AUGGCAGGCGACAGCGAAACAAAGCCGGAUGACCGAGCUGAAAACGACAAUAAUAAUAAUAACCGGCAGCCUUUCCUUAUCGGGGUGGCGGGGGGAACUGCUAGCGGCAAGUCAUCAGUGUGCAGUAAGAUCAUGGAGCUGCUGGGGCAGAACAAGAUUGAUCACCACCAUCGACAAGUGGCCAUCCUUAGCCAGGACAGUUUCUACAAGGUCCUCACCCCAGAACAGAAGGCCAAGGUGCUGAAAGGACAGUUCAACUUUGAUCAUCCAGAUGCUUUUGAUAACGACCUCAUUGUUGCAACUUUAUGGGACAUUAUGGAUGGAAAAACGGUCCAGAUUCCCGUCUAUGACUUUGUCACCCAUUCCAGGAAAGAAGAGAGUUUGACAGUGUACCCCGCUGAUGUGGUGCUGUUUGAGGGUAUCCUGAUGUUUUAUUCUCAGGAGAUUAGAGACCUCUUUCAGAUGAAACUGUUUGUGGACACAGAUGCAGAUACACGGCUCUCACGUAGAGUACUUCGUGACAUAAGCGAACGAGGACGGGACUUGGAGAGUGUUCUUACACAGUACAUUACUUUUGUCAAACCUGCCUUUGAGGAGUUCUGUCUGCCAACAAAGAAAUAUGCUGAUGUGAUCAUACCUAGAGGAGCCAACAACCUUGUUGCCAUAAACCUUAUAGUUCAGCACAUCCAGGACAUUCUUAAUGGUGGUUUGACAAAGCGUGUGAAUGGCUGCAUUGAUGUUUACGGAACAAGCCCGAAGCAGCAGAACACAGAGCCCAGUAGCCGACCUCACUAA